AUGAAGGACACGUCAAUUGAAGCCUACACGCUCAUGUCCAUCACCAACAGAGACAUGGAUGAUGGUGAUGUGAAAAACGCCAUAUUACUAUCCGAGAGACUUUAUGCCAUAGACAACACCAAUCCGCAAUACAAGUUCUUAUAUGCAAAAUGCCUCUAUCAAUCGCUGGAUUACAAUGCAACCUAUAUCAUUCUCAAGUCUGUACAAUCCAUACCGUGUCUCAACCUGUUUGCAAAGAGCUGCUUGGAGCUUGGAAAUUCAGAGGAAUCAGACGAAAUGCAACGGCUGUAUUGGAGUGAGGGUGUUCAGGCACUGCGUUUGGCUCUGUCCAUGAAUGAUUUGCCACAGAAAACAUAUUGGGGAGAUGAGCUGGCGAGCAACACCACUCGACACCACAUGCCUAGUAAAGCAUCGUUAUGCAACUUGUUGGGUGAUUUAUACAUGAAAUUGGACAACAUUCGAGCAGCAUCUAUUUACUACUGGACUUGCUUGGAAUCCAAUCCCUACAAAAUAUCAGCGUAUAUGAAGUUAUGUGAUAUUGCGCCAGACAUUGAUUUCAAUACAGCCAAACUACCGCAAGACAUAUUCACAAACUUUGAUCCAGCUACAACAGACCUCUCUCGAUCGUCACAGUCUUAUUUACCCUCUGCUAUAUCCAUGCAUCAAUGCGACAUCUCCUUUUCCAACGAAUUAGCGUCUACUUCGGUCAGAAAGAAUAGCUGGGAUAUGCCGCUACUCAAAGACGAAUACCACGAUACCACAGUAGAUCAGUUGCGUGCCCUUGUUCGAGUCUCAUCCAAGAUCAGCGAGAAAAGCCAUGAAAACUUGGACAAUGAAAUCGAAAGAGGGGAAAUUGAGCAUGCAAAGGACAGCAUCAUCCAUAGCAUCAAGAGCGAUAUCGUGCAAAUGAAGGCCAACGAAGCGUACAAAAAUAAGCACGGAUUGCAUAAAAAACCGCCUGUACAAGCACCUCAGAAACUUAAAGUGGAUUUGACACUAAAUGACGAAAAUGAUGUCAAUUAUGCAGAGGAAAAGAAAGUCUAUGAAUCCAUUCAGCGAAAUGUUCCCCCUCGUUUAGUGCGAAAGCAAUCAGCGGAUAAUUUGGAGGAGGACACUGUGCAUCGCAAGAAGAGAGUCAAAACGGGACCAUCACGACAACAGAAACCAAAAUCGCUGGAAAGCUACUUUUUACCCUCUUUUCAUGGCCAGUAUGCCAAUGACCCUGACACAGAUGCUUACAUCAUCGAAGGCAUGAACAAAAUCAUGAAGGUGCUCUGCAUCUUGGCAAAUGGAUAUUUACGGCAAUCUUUUUACAACUGUGAAAAAGCAGCUUUAGAGUUGCAGCAACUGGAUGAUUGCCAGUACAAUUCAGCCCGUGUAUUGUGUAUUCUCGGAAAAGCUUAUUACGAUGCAGGUGAUUACACUAGCGCUCGAGCUUUUUUCAAGCAGGCAUUUGUCAUUGCACCUUGGUUCUGUGAUUGUGUGCCCAUCUAUUCAACGUGUCUAUGGUAUUUGGAAAAGGAAAAGGAGCUCAAUUUGCUGGCAUUCAAGAUGAAGGACAACAAGAGCCAUCUAUUUGAAGCGUACGUUGCUGCAGGCAACUGGGCUAAAUGCGUCAAGGGUGGCAAUGAAGCUACUCAAUGGUUUCAAAAGGCGGUGAAUUUGGAUCCAUCUCGAUCUUACGGACAUGCAUUGCUGGGCUAUGAAGAAUGGGAAAAGGGCAACAGUUUGGGCGCAAAGCAACACUUUUCAAAGAGCAUGAUUGCCAACAAGAGAUCCUAUAUUGGCUGGUAUGGCAUGGCGACAGCGUACCAAGGCAUGGAGGAAUAUGCCCAGGCAAGGACUUUGUUGACAGAGGCUGUGCGAUUGCAUCCUAGACAUCCUAUUGUGCUGGCUACCAUGGCUGAAGUGCUCUGUGAUCUGGAAUUGUAUCAAGAAGCUUUUGAUUUCAUUGAACGAUCUCUCAGCAUCAAGAGUAGCCCGUCCAAUCUCAAAUUGAAAGAAAAGAUUAGUCAGAGAUUACAGAUUCAGGAAGCUGGCAAUUAUGUGUAG